AUGGGAUCGAAGAAGAAGCACCAGAAGGGCAAGGCACGCUCGGGCUCGGCCUCGAAAGCAGGAGCUUCGUCUCACGGCUGUGGUGCCGCGAAGCCGCGCGCGGGAGCCGCAGAGCAGACCAUUCGGCAGAAUACGACUUGCAACGAGCUCAUGGCGGCGAUCGAGGGCCCUGCCCCGGUGGUGGACAUGGGAGGGCGUACCAUCGAGCUUAUCAAAGAACGACUCACCAUAUGCGGCAGAAACAAGACGAUCGCGAACUGCACGAUCAAGUGCCGCGCCAGCCACGUGUACUGCGAGCCCCGCGGGGGCGACGCGGCCGAGAACAUCUGCUUUCGGAACGUCACCUUCGAGGGCGACGGAACGGGCAUCCCCGCCAACAUGCCGCAGCCGUCCAAGGAGGUGGUCAGCGAGGACGGAAUGGUCGUCGUAGCGGGCGCGCGCGGCGUCUCGUUCGAGCACUGCACGUUCAGGCACGCCAAGGCUCCCGUCGACCCGCGGGGCCGCGCGCUCGCGGCAGGUCUGAACGUUUUCGAAACGACGGUUCGGAUCGACGACUGCCGCUUCCUCAACAACAUGGGCCCCGGGCUGGCGGCCACCGGCAGCACCACGGUCCUCGUCGUCAACGAUUCAGAGAUACGUGGAAACCUUUUGUCUGGCAUUAAUGCAACCAACGGCGCCUGCAUCGACGUGGCGGGCUCGCAGCUGAGCGACAACGGCCUGGACGGCAUUCUCGCGGCGGACAGCGACGUGCGGGCGACCGAGACGGUGUGCAGCGGCAACCGCCACUGCGGCGCUGCGGUGGCGGUUACGGGCGGAGGAGCGGGCGGGAAGCUUGUGCUGGACCGCUGCCGCAUGGACGGCAACGCGGUCGCCGCGAUCAUGGCCUGCCGCGAGGGCGCGAGAGUCGCGGCGACGGACGUGGAGUGCGUCAUGGGGGAGAACAGACACAGGUGCAGGGGGGAGCUCAUUGCAGGGGUCCAGUGCGUGGACGGCGCGCGGUGCACGAUCCGCGGGGGCAGGAUCGCGGGCUUCCACGUGGGGCUCUCCGCGCGAGACGCAAGCAGCAUCGUCGCCAGCAACGUCGACUGCUCGGGCGGCCAGUUUGGCAUAAUGGCCGGGGCCGGCGCGACGGUGCGACUCGAGCGCGCGACGCUGCGGAGGAACGUCUGCUGCGGGAUUGCCGCGGACAGCGGGGCCACGGUGUCCGCGGGGGACUGCGAGAUGCACCUGAACGGCGAAGGGGUGGGCGCACAUGGACGGGGCCAGGUCAGACUGGAGCGGUGCAGCGUCAGCGGGGGGUGUUUUGCCGGCGUGGUCGCGGACGGUGCCGGGACGCGCAUCGACCUGGAGGACGUCGAGAUCACCCGGUACGUCAAGUCUGGCAUCGAAGUGAGGGACGGGGCGCAGGUGGCGAUGCGGGGGGGGAGUAUGACGCGCAACAAGGGCCCAGGGUGCUCCGCUGAGGGCCGCGGGACGGUGGUGACGCUCGCGGGCGUGGAGUGCGCGCGCAACGGCGGGGCGAAUGUGGAGGUGCGCGGCGGGGCGAGCCUCACGGUGGACGGCGCUGCGAUCCGGCCUGAGUCAGGAGGGGGGUAG